AUGACCUCUUCUGCCAAACAAAAUGAGCACAGCAGUGCUGUCCCUCUCUUCUCCCUGUUCCUGGUUUUUGAACCUCUUUACUCCCAAAACUUCCCCCCCCUUUCAGCUCUUCUGGAGCCGCGACUCACGGCUACUGAGCCGCGACUCAAGCUCCUGAGCCGCGACUCCCCGCUCCUGCAGCCGGACACACAGCUCCUGAGCCGCGACUCACAGCUCCUGAGCCUGCGCGACUCACAGCUCCUGAGCCGCGACUCACAGCUCCUUGAGCCGCGAUCAAGCUCUGCCUGA